ACUAUCUUCGAGGAUAUUUAAACCUCUUUUGCCUUGGUUGGGUGUCGUUUUGUUUUAUUUAACUCUAUAUUUGUGUAAGUUACGGUGGAAUAAUUACCGAGUAAAUUCAACACAAAGAGUGCUUUAAACGCUUGUUUUAAAGCGACAGUGGGUAAAGUAAAAACGUAAGCGAACGCAGCCCUCCCUCCCUUCCUUCCUGGGUCACAUGCUAGUCGAGCCGGAUCAGCUGACAUCACCCAGCUUCUCUUUUUGAUUCUCUUCCUCCUCCAUCGACUGAUAGCGCUUCGUAAAACUGCAUUAUAUCGCUACCUGGGCUGUACUGGCAUCAGAUUUGAAAUUUGGGCCAAGUAGAUCUUGCUGAUCCAGCAGGUUAACCCGGUGGGUAGAUGCUACUAGAGUGGAUGAUGAACGGACACGCCAUUCUUUACACGGGGGUCACUUUGGCCUUCUGGAGCACCAUACUAAUCGUUGGGAUCUGCUACACUAUAUUUGACCUGGGAUUCCGCUUUGAUGUGGCAUGGUUCCUGACAGAGACUUCUCCUUUCAUGUGGGCCAAUCUGGGCAUUGGUUUGGCCAUCUCGUUGUCUGUGGUGGGAGCUGCCUGGGGGAUCUACGUCACUGGCUCUAGCAUUAUUGGUGGUGGCGUCAAGGCUCCACGAAUCAAAACCAAAAAUUUGGUCAGCAUUAUCUUCUGUGAAGCUGUUGCAAUCUAUGGAAUCAUCAUGGCUAUUGUCAUCAGCAAUAUGGCCGAGAACUUCAGUGGAACGACUCCUGAGACUAUUGGGGCACGAAACUACCAAGCUGGUUACUCCAUGUUUGGAGCUGGUCUGACUGUGGGCUUUUCCAACCUCUUCUGUGGCAUCUGUGUCGGCAUCGUGGGCAGCGGAGCCGCUUUGGCAGAUGCCCAGAACGCCAGCCUCUUCGUGAAGAUCCUAAUUGUGGAAAUCUUUGGAAGUGCCAUCGGCCUGUUUGGUGUCAUUGUAGCUAUUCUGCAGACGUCGAAAGUAAAGAUGGGUGACUAGAAUGUGCAUUCAAACGCUGAGAAGACAGACGCUGGAACAAAACAAAAAAGAUCGAUUAUUGUGUAAAUACAUCGUAAAUUAUUUAAAUGUCUCUAUUUGCCUGGUAUUUUUUUUUUUUUUUAACUAUCAUCCAUACAAGAGUUGGUACACCCAUGCCCUGCUCUUAAUUCUUAAGGGAAGAAGGAAAGUUGAAGAAAACAGCAUAUUUUGCAUUUCAUACCUUUUUUUUUUUUUUUUUU